CGAGGCCCGGGCCGCGGCGGCGCCCAGAGGGUCUGCGGGGGCUGCCGUGGCCGGCCCCAAGGGCGGACGCCUGUCGGAGACGGUGACCUUGGCAUCGACAGCGGGGCGCGCGCACGGUGUCCUGAGCUCAGCCCCGAGCCCAUCCUCGGGGAGACCCACAGCCGACGGGCUGGCGCUGUCCCUGGUGAGGGAGCCCGGGCCGGGGUGCCAGAAAGCAUCACAGACAGUCUCUACAUGAUGCGGCUUCUAAAGACUCAAGGACCACCCGCCUCACUAGUCUGCAGUGGAGAAGGCAGAAAUGGAAAUUCAAAUGCCACGGCUUCCAUCCUGUUAUUAGUCACUCUGUAGACAUGUGCCCCCACCACAGGGAGUGAACUGCACCACGGGGGGAAGUUCUCAGGGCCCCCAAACCACCAGCAGUCUUGUCUCUCCCCCUGGAGAAAAAGCAGAACUAUGACGUUUUACAGCUGCUGUCUGAUCCUCGUGGCCUUUACCUGGUGCACUUCUGCCUACGGGCCCGACCAACGAGCCCAGAAAAAAGGGGACAUUAUCCUCGGGGGGCUCUUUCCUAUUCAUUUUGGAGUAGCAGCCAAAGAUCAAGAUCUAGAAUCAAGACCAGAGUCUGUGGAAUGUAUCAGGUAUAACUUCCGGGGGUUUCGCUGGUUGCAAGCUAUGAUAUUUGCCAUAGAGGAAAUAAACAGCAGCCCGGCCCUUCUUCCCAACAUGACGCUGGGAUACAGGAUCUUCGACACUUGCAACACCGUUUCUAAAGCCUUGGAGGCCACCCUGAGUUUUGUGGCCCAGAACAAAAUUGAUUCUCUGAACCUUGAUGAAUUCUGCAACUGCUCGGAGCACAUCCCCUCUACCAUUGCGGUGGUGGGAGCAACUGGCUCGGGCGUCUCCACGGCGGUGGCCAAUCUGCUGGGGCUCUUCUACAUUCCCCAGGUCAGCUAUGCCUCCUCCAGCAGACUCCUCAGCAACAAGAAUCAAUUCAAGUCCUUCCUCCGUACCAUCCCCAAUGAUGAACACCAGGCCACUGCCAUGGCAGACAUUAUUGAAUAUUUCCGCUGGAACUGGGUGGGGACAAUUGCAGCUGAUGAUGACUAUGGCCGGCCAGGGAUUGAGAAGUUCCGGGAGGAAGCAGAGGAGAGAGACAUCUGCAUUGACUUCAGCGAACUCAUCUCCCAAUACUCUGAUGAGGAAGAGAUCCAGCAUGUCGUGGAGGUGAUCCAGAAUUCCACAGCCAAAGUCAUCGUCGUUUUCUCCAGUGGCCCAGACCUUGAACCCCUCAUCAAGGAGAUCGUCCGGCGCAACAUCACGGGCAAGAUCUGGCUGGCCAGUGAGGCCUGGGCCAGCUCGUCCUUGAUCGCCAUGCCCGAGUACUUCCAUGUGGUUGGAGGCACAAUUGGAUUUGCUUUGAGGGCUGGGCAGAUCCCAGGUUUCCGGGAAUUCCUGCAGAAAGUCCAUCCCAAGAAGUCUGCCCACAAUGGUUUUGCCAAGGAGUUUUGGGAAGAAACGUUUAACUGCCACCUCCAAGAAGGUGCUAAAGGACCUUUACCCAUGGACACUUUCCUGAGAGGUCAUGAAGAAGCUGGUGGCAGGCUAAGCAACAGCUCCACUGCCUUCCGACCUCUCUGCACAGGGGAUGAGAACAUUAGCAGUGUCGAGACUCCUUACAUGGAUUAUACACAUUUACGAAUCUCUUACAAUGUCUACUUAGCCGUUUACUCCAUUGCUCACGCCCUGCAAGAUAUCUAUACCUGCUCACCUGGGAGAGGGCUCUUCACCAAUGGUUCCUGUGCAGACAUCAAGAAGGUUGAGGCUUGGCAGGUCCUGAAGCACCUACGGCACCUCAACUUUACCAACAAUAUGGGGGAGCAGGUGACUUUUGAUGAAUGUGGUGACCUGGUGGGGAACUAUUCCAUCAUCAACUGGCACCUGUCCCCAGAGGAUGGCUCCAUCGUGUUUAAGGAAGUCGGAUAUUACAACGUCUACGCCAAGAAGGGAGAAAGGCUCUUCAUCAAUGAGAAGAAAAUCCUGUGGAGUGGGUUCUCCAGGGAGGUGCCUUUCUCCAACUGCAGCCGAGACUGCCUGGCGGGGACCAGGAAAGGAAUCAUUGAGGGGGAGCCCACCUGCUGCUUUGAGUGCGUGGAGUGUCCCGAUGGGGAGUACAGCGAUGAGACAGAUGCAAGUGCUUGUGACAAGUGCCCCGAUGACUUCUGGUCCAAUGAGAACCACACUUCCUGCAUUGCCAAGGAGAUUGAGUUUCUGUCGUGGACGGAGCCCUUUGGGAUCGCGCUCACCCUCUUUGCUGUACUGGGCAUUUUCCUGACAGGCUUCGUGCUGGGUGUCUUCAUCAAGUUCCGCAAUACGCCCAUCGUCAAGGCCACCAACCGAGAGCUCUCCUACCUCCUCCUGUUCUCCCUGCUCUGCUGCUUCUCCAGCUCCCUGUUCUUCAUCGGUGAGCCCCAGGACUGGACGUGCCGUCUGCGCCAGCCAGCCUUUGGCAUCAGCUUUGUGCUCUGCAUCUCCUGCAUCCUGGUGAAAACCAACCGCGUCCUCCUGGUGUUUGAGGCCAAGAUCCCCACCAGCUUCCACCGCAAGUGGUGGGGGCUCAACCUGCAGUUCCUGCUGGUCUUCCUCUGCACCUUCAUGCAGAUCGUCAUCUGUGUGAUCUGGCUCUACACCGCGCCCCCCUCAAGCUACCGAAACCACGAGCUGGAAGAUGAGAUCAUCUUCAUCACGUGCCAUGAGGGCUCACUCAUGGCCCUGGGCUUCUUGAUUGGCUACACCUGCCUGCUGGCUGCCAUCUGCUUCUUCUUUGCCUUUAAGUCCCGGAAGCUGCCAGAGAACUUCAACGAAGCCAAGUUCAUCACCUUCAGCAUGCUCAUCUUCUUCAUCGUCUGGAUCUCCUUCAUUCCAGCCUAUGCCAGCACCUACGGCAAGUUUGUCUCUGCCGUGGAGGUGAUCGCCAUCCUGGCAGCCAGCUUUGGCUUGCUGGCCUGCAUCUUCUUCAACAAGGUCUACAUCAUCCUCUUCAAGCCAUCCCGUAACACCAUCGAGGAGGUGCGCUGCAGCACCGCUGCUCAUGCUUUCAAGGUAGCAGCACGGGCCACGCUGCGCCGCAGCAACGUCUCCCGCAAGCGGUCCAGCAGCCUCGGGGGCUCCACGGGCUCCACCCCCUCCUCCUCCAUCAGCAGCAAGAGCAACAGCGAAGACCCCUUCCCACAGCCUGAGAGGCAGAAGCAGCAGCAGCCGCUGGCCUUGACCCAGCAAGAGCAGCAGCAGCAGCAGCAGCAACCGCAGCAGCCCCUGACCCUACAGCAGCAGCAGCAAGCGCAGCAGCAGCCCAGGUGCAAGCAGAAGGUCAUCUUCGGCAGUGGCACAGUCACCUUCUCACUGAGCUUUGACGAGCCUCAGAAGAGUGCCAUGGCUCACAGGAAUUCCACGCACCAGAACUCCCUGGAGUCCCAGAAAAGCAACGAUACCCUGACCAGACACCAGGCUUUGCUCCCGCUGCAGCGAGGGGAGAUAGACUCAGAACUGAGCACCCAGGAGACAGGCCUGCAAGGGCCUGCUGUUGGGGACCGCCAGCCAGAGAGGAAGAACCCUGAAGAGAUGUCUCCAACGCUUGUAGUGUCCAAUUCACGGAGCUUUGUCAUCAGCGGUGGAGGCAGCACUGUCACAGAAAACAUACUGCGUUCGUAAAACGGAAAGAGAAGGCCAGUCCAGGGAGAAUCCAGAGAGUUUCCUGGGAUCACGUUCUCCACCACGGAUGCGGAACUGCCCCAGACUCUGUCCUCCAAGAAAGGAGGAAUAAGACACAGCAAACACCAUGAACUUAGUUGCACUGUUUUAAAUGACAGUGAAUGGACUAACAUCCUCUUUAAAAUUAAAAAAAGAAGAGCCAUGUGCUUCUGUGGUUGGAUUUGUCAGAGCAUUGAGGUUGCCACAGUCAGAGUCGCUGUUCAUGUCUCUCCCUCUGUUCUCUUCCUCUUUUCUAUCCCAUCCAAUAGCCCAGAGGUGAGCCCAAGGCUUUAAGCUACCCACCUACACCCUCCGUUGCUUUUCUUUUUGAUAUGGAAAUACCCGCCCUGAACAUUGCGGACAGCCUGGCCCAGACACAAA